AUGGAUAAAUUCCGUAUGAUCUUCCAGUUCCUCCAGUCCAACCAGGAAUCAUUCAUGAAUGGCAUAUGUGGCAUCAUGGCUCUUGCCAGUGCACAGAUGUAUGUGGCUUUUGACUUCAACUGCCCAUGUCUACCAGGUUAUAACCUGGCCUAUGGGAUGGGUAUCCUGUUUGUGCCACCCCUGGUCUUGUUUCUACUGGGCUUUGUGAUGAAUAACAAUGUCUCCAUGUUGGCUGAAGAGUGGAAAAGACCCACAGGGAAGCGGCAGAAAGACCCGGCUGUCCUGCGUUACAUGUUCUGCUCCAUGGCACAACGGGCUAUGAUUGCUCCUGCUGUUUGGAUUUCAGUCACACUGUUGCAUGGAGAGUGCUUUAUAUGUGCCUUCAGCACCUCUGUGCCUGUAGAUAAGUUGGGGAACCACAGCUAUACCGAACUACCUGAGAAGGAACUGAGGAGAAUUCUAGCCCGGAUUCCCUGCACAGACAUCUACAAGGGGCAGGAACUUAUUGCCAAAGAGGUGGCAACCAGGUAUCUGCGCUGUAUAUCACAGGCAAUGGGCUGGACCUUUGUGCUGUUGAUGACCUUGUUGGCAUUCCUUGUUCGUUCCUUACGUCCCUGCUUUACUCAAGCUGCAUUCCUGAAGAGCAAGUAUUGGUCUCACUAUAUCGACAUCGAACGCAAGCUCUUUGAUGAGACCUGCACGGAACACGCUAAAAGCUUUGCCAAGGUUUGCAUCCAGCAGUUUUUUGAGGGCACGAAUAAGGACCUAAGCAUGGGUCAUGCAACCUUUGUGGAAAAGACACCUUCCGAAACAGGAGAAGAGAAGGAAAAAUUGCUGGGCAUCAUGGAUCAAGGGACCAUGAACAAAAUUCUGAAGAACUGGCACAAAUGUAAGCCCCCUUUGUGCCUCAGCCAAGAGGUGAUCCAGAAUGGGAAUUGUUGGGCAGGAGAAAUCACACACCCUCAGCCGCCCAGGAGAGAGUAUGCUACCUAUUACAGCAAAGUCUGA